UUUGUUAAGUAGCGCUGGAACGAAACAUUGACGUUUUGUUUGUGUGAAUCAGAAAUUCUUUUGUCAAUCGGUUUAAAAUUUCUCUAAAAAUAUGGCAGAUAUUCAAGUAGUUACCCAGGAUUUUGUUAAUGUGCACAUCACGAAGUCUGAUAGCGAAGAUGCUGCACCCGUCGAGAGAAGAUUCAAGAAGGGAAUUACUGUUAUGGACUUUAAGACUAAAUUGGAGCUCGUGACUGGCGGGUCCGCAGCCACCAUGAAGCUGAAGGUCUAUGACAAGAAGAACAGCUUUGUGUGUGACAUAGACAAUGAUGAUGCGCUGCUCGGCUCAUACCCUAUUGAUGAUGGCAUGAGGAUACAUGUCAUUGAUAAGUUUGCUUUGGUACAUGAUUUUGGGUCUUCAGACAGUGCGGAGAGGUUCCGUUUAUCAGAAGAGGAGUAUGAGAAGAAGGGUGACACUCUCCGUUCGUUCCUGCAACGUAACCGCCUCGGCAAGUACAAUGAGGAGGAGAUGAACAAGCUCAAGGAACAACAGCAGAAAGAACUUGAGGAUGAGGCCAAAAUCGCAGAGGCAGUGCUAGUAGGCGCUAGAUGCGAAGUCCGAGUGCCACAACAGCCCGUGCGCCGCGCCACCGUGCGGUACAACGGACCGCUCGACGGCGCUAAGGGACUGUGGAUCGGCGUGCAGUAUGAUGAACCGCGCGGAAAGAAUGAUGGCUCUGUGAACGGCAAGCGCUAUUUCACGUGUCCCCCAAAAUACGGGGGCUUUGUGAAACCUGUAUACGUGACAGUUGGGGACUUCCCAGAAGAGGAAUUUGAUUUGGAUGAUGAAAUAUGAUCGCUCAACAUUCACUGUCAAUUGCAUACAUAGGCCGCGGUAAACCAGGAGGUACAACAUUGUGUUUGUAUGCAGUAUUUUAUUUAAAUAACACCGCACUAUGAAUAUUAACUGACAUAUACGUAUACUAUGACAGCCCCUAGCUAGACCUACAAUAACAUUGUGCAAUAUAACAAUAAAAAUACUGCAUACUAAUAAUAAAAUACUGCAAUUUAAUUGUCCGUCUAAGCAGCGCCUCGAGAGGUUGACCUAUGCGGUUUGGUUCUUUAAUCGACAGGGUAUGUUAUUUCAUAGUUUGCGGUUUUCAUAUGUUGAAAUAGCCAUACAAGACUUGCUACAAACACAAUGAUGUAUGAACCUCCUUAUUAUAUUUUUGUAUUGAGCACUAUUAAGCUUGCUGGCGGGCUAAAUAUACACAUAGGCUUUAAUAUUAUGAUUUUAAAAAUCUAAUAAAUAAUGCUUUAUUUACGAUUA